AAGAUAAUUGGGCGGAAGCUAAGGUCCGGGGCCGUCCCACGCGUGGACCGCUUUUAUGCGUUUCUGUUAGAGCAGCUGUUAGGGUUGUGAAUCUACGCGCUUCCACGGAAGUGCCACUCCUCCUUUGGACUCUCAUUUCAGAUCUCACUCGUUACAGUCUCCAAUUUUCGGAAGCGGUGGCGCUCCGAACGUGUACGUGCGAUUCCUUCGUCCCUCGCGCUGUUUGGACCUUCUUCCUCGUUGGGAAAGCUUCGCGCUCUCUCACAGCGCUUCUUGGGCCUGGGAACGUGCCAGCAGUUUAAAUUCUGCUGACAAAUUUCGAUACGGGCUUCAUCUGCUCGGCAAUUCUGCCCCAGUAACCGAGAUCGCAGCAAUUCUUCAGCAAUUCUUGCGGAGCGCAUCUUCUGCCGCGAAAUCAUCACAAAGCUGGUUUCCAGAGAUGGGUAGUCGCUUUGAUGGAAGAUAUGGUGAUCCUUCGUCUUUCCGCGAGCGGAAAACUGACUUCGGGGGUGGAGGUGGUUAUGGCGGUGGAUCGAGUUAUGGGGGUGGAAGAGGAGGCGGUGGUUAUGGGGGCGGAAGAGGAGGUGACGGUCAUGGCUAUGGAGGAGGUGGUGGUUUCGGUGGAGGCUCGAAAAAAGAUCUAGACAAUAUUUCAUUGCCUAAGCAGGAGUUUGAUAAUCUCAUACCGUUUGAGAAGAACUUCUAUGUGGAACAUCCAUCUGUGUCGAUCAUGACUGAAGAUGAUGUACUUGCAUACCGAAGGCGGCGGGAGAUCACUGUUGAGGGUAGAACAGUACCUAAGCCUGUGCGGACUUUUGAAGAAGCAUCUUUUCCAGAUUACGUUCUGCAUGAGGUUCUUAAGGCAGGGUUUACUGAACCAACGGCAAUUCAGGCCCAAGGUUGGCCAAUGGCUUUGAAGGGAAGGGAUCUGAUUGGCUUGGCAGAGACUGGUUCAGGAAAGACACUGGCAUAUUUGCUGCCAGCUAUCGUGCAUGUGAACGCACAGCCAUAUCUAGCUCCUGGAGAUGGACCCAUUGUGCUUGUUUUGGCACCGACUCGUGAGUUAGCUGUACAGAUCCAACAAGAAGCCUCUAAAUUCGGAGCCUCAUCUAAAAUCAAGAACACUUGCAUUUAUGGAGGUGCCCCGAAAGGGCCUCAGAUUCGCGAUCUUAACAAAGGUGUUGAAAUUGUUAUUGCCACACCAGGUCGGCUGAUAGAUAUGCUGGAAGGGCGGCACACUAAUCUUCGAAGAGUAACCUAUCUGGUUUUGGAUGAAGCUGAUCGGAUGCUGGACAUGGGGUUUGAACCUCAGAUUAGGAAGAUAGUGUCUCAGAUACGACCUGAUCGUCAAACAUUAUACUGGAGCGCAACGUGGCCGAAGGAAGUCGAAUUUUUGGCAAGACAAUUUUUAGUUGAACCGUAUAAGGUUACUAUUGGUUCGCAAGACUUGAAGGCUAAUCACGCAAUUGAGCAGAUAGUAGAGGUGGUUUCGGAAUAUGAAAAAUAUCCUAAGUUGAUCAAGCUUUUAGAGUCGAUCAUGGAUGGAAGUCGACUUCUGAUCUUCAUGGAGACCAAGAGGGGAUGCGAUCAGGUUACCAGACAGUUGCGAAUGGAUGGUUGGCCUGCUCUGUCUAUUCAUGGAGAUAAGAGUCAGGCGGAGAGGGACUGGGUGUUGUCCGAGUUCAAAGCAGGAAAAAGCCCGAUUAUGACAGCCACAGAUGUUGCUGCCCGUGGUCUGGAUGUGAAGGAUAUCAAAUGUGUGAUCAACUAUGAUUUCCCUGGUUCUUGUGAAGACUAUGUUCACCGAAUCGGCCGGACAGGGAGGGCAGGGGCGAAGGGUACAGCUUAUACGUUUUUUACAGCUGCUAAUGCCAAACAUGCUAAGGAGCUUCUUUCUAUCCUGUCCGAAGCAGGGCAGGUCAUCAACCCACAAUUAGCCAGUAUGGUCAACAGCAGUCGUGGUGGAGGAGGCUUCAGGGACCACCGUGGUAGAGGGGGAUUUAGUCGAGGAUUUGGAGGGCCUAUGCAGUCCGGGUCAAACAUGAUACCUCUUGGUGGCCCGCGAUGGGGCCGGUAAUCUUCACUUUACUUUGUCCCAUAUCAUCGAUAUUUGUUCCCUUUUUCUUACUCAUGUCACUUCAUUAGGUGUCGAAUGAAAAGUACUUCAGCAUUUUGCACAUGAAGGUUUAGCUGUAGAAUAUUGCUUUCAGUGUACCUCUGUAAAACUAGGUACUGAGUCAGACCCUAAAAACGUGGUACAGUGAAGAGGAUGGGUGGAGUAGGACAUAAACCUGUCAUUAGGUAGCAUUUAUAAACCAGAUUUUUUCUGAGAUUUACGAAUCCCCUGUAUUCAUAUUGUCGAGAAAUUUAGCGGUCGGGCCUCUCAUAGUGAAUGUUCCGAGUCGGAUUUCUAUUCUUAUGUGUACUCAAAAGUCAUCAAAUUGUAAAUCUCAAAUUUUGGAAAUAUAACCGCCUAAGGGAGUUGCCG